CUCAUCAUGACAUAUGCCCAUGCCGGAACCCAGACUGAGUGGGCAGGCCUCACCAAGAUGGAUCUUCGCCCAAACAUCCUCUUCACUGCCCCCAACACAACCACCCCGCCAGCCGAAAUGGUGCCAGACAAACAGCAUCAUCAACACCAACAACACAACAUGGACAGCAUUGCACUCCCCGCCCACCCCGGCCCCCUCGGUCUUCCUCACAGUGCCUCGUUUAGCCGCCUGCUCCAAAGGCGACCGAAUCGCCCACAGCUCCCGACACGCAUCUCUCUGCCCAACUCGGAGCUGGAUGACGAGGUCUUCCCGUCCCCGCCGCCCACGCACGCCGUCCUCUCCCCGCUACCCGAAGCCAACAAACGCCAUGCCGGCCACACGCCACUGAUUCCUCGAGCCCUUUCCCCAGUCCACGACGAAGAGCCCGCCUUUGCCGAGGAGCCGCUGCCUGUCCUACGAGGCACGGGAGAGAUCACUCCCCCAGCCGACGACGAGUCUCUAAUCGGUCCGCUCAUGCUGCCCACUAACCCCGUCGACGGUUCCAGCGACCACAUCGCCCUCGACGUGCUCGACGACGUGCUCGAACAGGUGGCCAAGGACCAGGAUCGCUUCAGCAAGCUCAAGGAUGCUCCGGAACCCACAGCCGCCCCUGUGCCUGUGCCUGUGCCUGCGCCUGCACCUGCAGCCAUUCAGAAUCCCGACCAGGGCUUGACCCUAAGCCGAAACACAUCGACCGACUCGCAAAGAUCUUCGAGUACAGAAGUCGUCGACGGCGUUAGACUAAAGACUCCGCCGUUGAACUUUGGGGUUCCCAUAGGCCAGGUCUAGCCAGCCGCUCUCGAGACAACCAUCAUGCGCAACGGCAUUUGCAUCGUGUUUUGUUUUCUUUUUCUCUCGGGUGGUUGCUUUUGCUGUUCGACAUUAGAUUGGGAUUCUGGGGCGUUUGAUUGAAUGGAAAUAAAAGAAGAAAAAACACUCGAUAAGAACUUGGGAGGGGGGAGGCGAAAGGCAAUACCCGGAGUUUCCCUGUGUCCGACAGAAAGGGCCACUGGUGACCAAAAUCGCAGGCUAUAGACUACCAGCCUAGCGGCAUGUAUAGAAGAGGCAUUACGGAAUCCAGAAUACAACCAAUCACUGUUUGAAUGCAUCUUGGUAUACGCUUGGCUUUGACAUCGCACUGGCACACCAAGAGGCUAGGACUCAAAAC